GAUUUUUAAAAGCCCUUUUCAUUCAGGAGGUCGGUUGCCAACGGUUAUCAAUAUGGCAGAGCCGUUAUCCCGAGCGCCCACCGCUGCAAAAAUGGCGUCACUUAACCGGGUCCGAGCUCUGGCGAUGAUUUUCUUAACUGUCACUGGCUGUUGUGUCACCCCGACAAGUGGCAAGGAAGGGUCCGAGGAGACCGUCAUCAUAGGGCUCCGACUGGAGGACACGGACGACAUUUCCUUCAUGGAUAAGGGCUACCUGCGGGUGAGUGAGCGGUCUCGGGUGAAAUUAAGGGUGUACGGGCAGAACAUCAACAACGAGACCUGGUCCAAAAUUGCUUUCACGGAACACGAGCGGAGCAGGACGGUGGGGAUUGACAGCUCCUCGGGGGAUAACCAGAGCCAGGACGACUCGUCCGGCUUGCAUCCGUGUGGUAUUAGGACUUCGGAUAUAAUAAUUUUGCCCAACAUCAUCUUGAAUCGAAAGACGUCCGGAAUAGUUGAAAUUGAGGUCAAACCUCUGCGAAAGACGGAGAGGAGUAAAGCGUAUUACCUUUGCAUUGCCACCGCGACACCGGCUGUGGCCGGGAUGCACGACCCGUGGACGGAGAACACCUGGAUCUACCACGAUGGGGAUGACACCAAAGUGAUAGUGGUGGAGGAGAAAAAGUUUCUGCUGCCUUUCUGGCUCCAGGUCAUCUUCAUCUCCAUGUUGCUGUGCCUGUCGGGUAUGUUCAGCGGGUUGAACCUGGGGCUCAUGGCUCUGGACCCCAUGGAGCUCCAGAUAGUGCAGAACUGCGGCACGGAGAAGGAGAAGAAUUACGCCAAAAAAAUAGAGCCGGUCAGGAGUCAAGGGAAUUACUUGCUUUGCUCGCUUCUGCUCGGCAACGUGUUGGUGAACACCACGCUGACCAUCCUGCUGGAUGAUAUCGCCGGCUCCGGGUUGGUCGCGGUGGUCAUGUCCACCAUUGGAAUAGUCAUUUUUGGAGAAAUCGUGCCCCAGGCCAUCUGCUCCAGACACGGCCUGGCUGUCGGGGCCAACACCAUCUUCCUCACAAAGUUCUUCAUGCUGCUCACCUUCCCUGCUUCCUACCCGGUGAGCAAGCUGCUAGACUACCUCCUGGGACAGGAGAUAGGAACCGUGUACAACCGGGAGAAGCUGCUGGAGAUGCUGCGCGUCACGGACCCCUACAACGACCUGGUGAAGGAGGAGCUGAACAUCAUCCAGGGCGCGCUGGAGCUCAGAACUAAGACCGUGGAGGACGUGAUGACGCCGCUGAGAGAUUGCUUUAUGAUCCCCGGUGAUGGCACCCUUGACUUUAACACCAUGUCCGAGAUCAUGAAGAGCGGCUACACGCGCAUCCCAGUCUUCGAGGGCGAGAGGUCCAACAUUGUGGAUCUGCUGUUUGUCAAGGACCUGGCGUUUGUGGACCCGGAUGAUUGCACCCCUCUCAAAACCAUCACAAAGUUUUACAGCCACCCGUUACAUUUUGUGUUCAAUGACACCAAGCUGGAUGCAAUGCUGGAGGAGUUUAAAAAAGGAAAAUCCCACCUGGCCAUAGUUCAAAGGGUGAACAAUGAGGGUGAGGGAGACCCUUUCUACGAGGUUCUGGGUAUUGUCACGUUGGAGGACGUAAUUGAAGAAAUCAUCAAGUCAGAGAUCCUGGACGAGACUGACUUGUACACUGACAACAAGACCAAGAAGAAAAUCACCCAUCGGGAAAGGAAGCAGGAUUUCUCGGCCUUCAAGCCUACCGACAAUGAAAUGAAGGUUAAAAUAUCACCUCAGCUUCUGCUGGCUACCCUGCGUUUCCUAGCAACAGAGGUCGAACCGUUCGCACCAGUGCAAAUGUCAGAAAAAAUUCUGCUGCGCUUGUUGAAGCACCCCAACGUCAUCCAGGAGCUGAAAUACGAUGAGAAGAACAAGCGGGCGGCAGAGCACUACCUCUUCCACAGGAACAAGCCUGUGGAUUAUUUCAUCCUCGUACUGCAGGGGAAAGUGGAGGUGGAGGCAGGGAAGGAGGGGAUGAAGUUUGAAGCAGGACCGUUCUCCUUCUACGGGAUGAUGGCUCUGACUGCCUCACCAGUGCCCCUGUCCCUGUCUCGCACAUUUGUGGUCAGUAGGGCUGAAUCAUUAGCAGGAUCUCCAGAAAAUAAAUCUCCUCCACGCCCGUUUGGACUCAACCAUUCGGACUCGCUCAACAGGAGUGAUCGUAUAGAUGCCAUCACCCCGACUCUCGGCAGCAGCAACAACCAGCUCAACUCUUUCCUGCAGAUCUAUGUUCCUGACUACUCAGUCCGAGCGCGCACAGACCUGCAGUAUAUAAAGGUAACACGCCAACAGUAUCAAAACGCUGUCAUGGCGUCACGGAUGGACAAAACGCCUCAAUCCACAGACAGUGAGUUCACUAAGAUCGAGCUCACGCUAACGGAGCUUCAUGACGGAGUGGAGCCCCCCACCGUUGUCACCACCACAGCCAGCACCACUAGCACCACCCCUGCCGUGUCCGUGUCUGUGGCCAACGAGACGUCCCACCUGCUCAAUCAGCAGCAGAACUGUGUAGGCCUCAGCAGAAGCAACCACAGCGCCCACAACGAGGGACCCAUCUAGCCCCCACUGAGCCUGGUGGAGACCCAGACGCUCCACCCUGUCUCUCGGACACACAAGGAGUGGUGGCGUAGAUGGAAAUGAGGGAAAGUAGGGAGGCGGGUGGAGUGAGGGUUCUGCUCCGACCAGUAGCCCCCAGUCAGUAAGUCAGUGAGACCCUUUCAUGGAGGGGCAGAGGGGAAGACGGGUGCUACGUCACCCUGAACGCCCCCCACCUGAACGCUGUCAGAAUCCCUGCUGUACUACACCCUCUGACAGAGGGUGCACUCAGACAGAACCUGUGACUGAGCUUCUUUUUCGGGACAAUCUGACACUUUCAUAGCGGUGACUUGGACCAGAGGACGACAGGGUGCAUGCAGACCCGUCCCUUUCGCCUACACACACACACAGACACACACACACACACACACAGACACACACACACACACACACAAGCGCUCGCUGUAUUUUCUCCUCAGGCCAAAGACUUUGGUCCCCCCUUCUUACACUGGACAUAGACUGUUUUUACUCACAUAAACACACAUAUUCAAACACACACACACACACACAAAUGCAACUCCCCACCUGUGCAUCUUUCAGGGAGGCUCAGACGACUGUUGAUCCCAUCAGCAAGGACUUAAACCCAAACAAGCAGAGAGAACGGUCGGUCAAAGACUGCACCAAAAACCGCUGUGAAAGAAACCGUUAAAC